ACUUUACAUGUGUAUCGCCCUUAAUAUUUUUUAGCCCAAUCAGAAAUGAAAAAGUUUCAAAGAAUACCUGGAGAAAGCAAGAAAGAGUACUUUAAUAGGAUUGACCAAGAGGCCACUCAAGAGGUUGCAGAGGCUUUGAAAGCAUCAAGGAAGAUGAGAGAUGCAAGAAAAAAGCAUCUCAAAGACAGAAAGGAAAAGAUGAAAGAAAAGAAAAGGUUGUCACAGGAAAAUGCCAGCUUUGACCUAACAAAAGGUAUAUUUUACAUGCUGACAAACCCACAAGGACCUUUUUGCCCUGCUGUACUUAAAGGGGAAUACUCAGUUGUUAAAGAACAUAGAGAUUUAAAUGGGAAACCUUGUUAAAUCCAGUUGCAUUAAUUUUAAAUCAGACUGCAAAAAGAGUCUAACAGGAAAGACUGACAACUUCUAAAAAAACCUUCACAGUUAUUCUCAUCAUGCCUAUGAAGCAUACAAAUAUAAGGUGUCAUUUAGAUGGUAAUAUUUCACUUCACCCAAAGGCUGCAGCCCCCUGGCCUGUAUGCCUAUGCAACCAGUUUCAUC